AUGGCUUUGGAGGCCAUUGCGCUGCUCAUCUUCUGUGUGGCCACAGUUCCUGCUACGGAUGUAACCAUAUGGACGAGCGGUGGAUGGAUACGCGGAGCCAUCGAGGUAUCAGGUGGUAGACCCGUAGCACGCUUCCUCGGCAUCCCGUAUGCAAAGCCCCCCAUUGGUUCACUCCGAUAUCGCCCUCCUCAACCCGCUUCACCGUGGCAAGGAGUCCUAGACACGAAAGAGUUUCCUGCGGCAUGCGCUCAAGCUAACGGAUCAUUUCCUCCCGUGCCUUGGCUUGUCGACAAGCGAGUCCUAAGCGAAGACUGCUUGUUCCUUAACGUCUGGGUUCCACAAACAGGACCCAAGGGAAAAGCGAUACUCGUGUGGAUUCACGGUGGUGGCUUCCGUACCGGAACGUCUUCGGACGAGUUAUACGACGGCAAGCUCUUGGCCGCUGUGGGAGACAUCGUGGUAAUAAGCGUAGCGCAUCGCCUAGGAAGUUUGGGUUUCUUGUACACUGGGAAGCAUAGCUCCCCGGGUAAUUAUGCCUUGUUGGACCAGGAGCUAGCAAUUCAUUGGAUACGAGACAAUGCGGAAGCACUCGGAGCAGACGGCUCCUCCAUAACGUUGUACGGCGAAAGCGCCGGCUCGAUCUCUACGGGUCUUCAUCUUAUGUCAAGGCGUAAUGCAGGGCUCGUGCGUCGCGGUAUCAUGGCGAGUGGCAGUCCUUAUUGGCUAGCACCGCCGCAGAACGACGUUGGACGUGCGCUGGCCGCAAUACUGGCGAGAGCCGUCGGGUGCGAAGUCGACGAGAACGACUGGACCAGGGUCGUGUCUUGUCUCCGUGCAGCUCCUAUUGAAGCCAUUCUGAAUGCUGAGGAAACAGAAUAUCCUCAUGAACUGGUAACUUUCACUCCUUCCUUCGGAGACUCAUACUUACCGGCACGUUUCCAGCCCAGUAUUCGUGACGGGAAUCUCAUCCCCAUAGACGCCUUACUAAUCGGCGUAAACGCUCACGAAGGCAGUGUGUUCCUUUACGUCAAGGAUCCUAAACGUUUCAACGCGAACGAGGGCCCCGUGGGACUCACCCGCUCUGAGGCGUCUGCGUUUGCUGGCCGCCAUUACUUCGCGGCCUUGCCAAAAGUUGUGCAAAAUGCCAUAAGCGCAUACUUUCAAGGAAACGUCCAAGGCUCCGAAGGAAUCUUGGAAUCCUUGAUAGAUUCGGUUGGAGACUUUCUGCUAACGUGUCCAACCAGAUUCUUCGCCGAAGCAUACGCGAAGUUAAACUAUCCGGUUUACUUCUACCUGUUCGACCACCGAUCAACGAAGAGCCACUGGCCACCGUGGAUGGGAACAGCGCAUUUUGAAGAACUCCAGUACACAUUUGGGAUGCCAUUUCGUUUCCCAGAACGUUACACAGAUCUGGACCGCGAGCAGAGCAUGCUAGCGAUGACUCUCUUCGCGCAGUUCGUAAGGACAGGGAGGCCAAUCUUGCCGGACGGUUCAACAUGGCCGACCUACACAAAGGAAGAACCGUAUCACGUAAAACUCCACGCAGGCAACACCAGCGUCGGAACUGCUUUCCACGAGCACGGUUGCCGCCUCUUUCGCACGACAUAUCUCUUAUUGGGCUUGAUGAAGCCGUAG